AUGGCUACCAACAAUGAUGGCAUCACCUCUCGCCAACCUUCAAAUGCUGAUGCGAUUGCGAACCAGCCAAGUCGUCGCCAAAGCGUGGCUAACAAAGGCCUGACUGGUGCCUCUGCCCUCACCGUCAGACAAUCCAUCUGGCCCAUUACAUUGGUCACUGUCCUCUUUUUCCUAUGGGGCUUUGCCUAUGGCCUUCUCGACGUCCUCAACGCUAAAUUCCAAACCUCUCUUAACAUUACUGCUGCAAAAGCUGGCGGUCUUCAAGGGUCUUACUUUGGUGCCUACUUUAUCGGUCCCCUGACAUACUCUGGUUGGCUUGUCCGUCGCUUUGGUUACCGGUGGACAUUCAUCGCCGGUCUGUGUAUCUAUGGUGUUGGCGCAUUGAUGUUCUGGCCUUCUGCCGUUUACUCCUCCUUUGGAGGCUUCUGCGGAUCCCUGUUCAUCGUUGGCUCUGGACUUUCGACCCUCGAGACUUCAGCGAACCCCUUCAUCGCCACCUGCGGUCCUCCAAGACUCUCUGAAUUCCGUCUGGAACUCUCGCAAUCCUUCCAAGCUGUUGGCUCCGUGGUUGCCCCUCUCCUUGCAUCUCGAGUCUUCUUCAAGGAAACAAACAGCACAGAUCUGUCUCACGUGCAAUGGACCUAUGUCGGCAUUGCCGCCUUUGUCUUUCUGUUGGCUGUCGUCUUCUUCUUCAGCCCUCUUCCUGAAGUCACCGAUGCCGACAUGGCUCUUCAGGCCGAGCAAUGUGCUGACUUGACCGGAUACCAAGAAAAGCCUCUGUCCAAGCAAUACAAACUCUUCUUUGGCGUUGCAGCCCAGUUCUGCUACGUUGGUGCUCAAGUCGCUGUGGCAUCUCAAUUCAUUCGAUUCGCCGAGGAAUCGGCAGGACUCACCGAAGCGCAAGCUUCUGACCGAUAUGCCAUUGGCCAGGCCUUGUUCGCCAUUGGGCGUUUCGCAGCAGCGGGCUUUUUCAUGUUCAUCAAGCCACGUGUUGUCCUCUUGGUUUUCAUGACAAUGAUCAUGAUCUUCAUCAGCCUUUCCAUUGGCGUCUCAGGGGAGGCCGGUGUUGCUAUGCUGUCUCUCGUCCUCUUCUUCGAGUCCUGCAUUUUCCCGACCAUCUUCACCCUCUCCAUCCGUGGUCUCGGUCGUCACACCAAGCGUGGAUCAUCCUGGAUUGUCGCUAGCGUCUGCGGAGGUGCUUUGUUCCCAGCUUUGACCGGUCUUGCCGCCGACAAUUUCGGUACCUACCACAAGGCCAUGAUUGUUCCUCUCUGCGGCUUCUUCGUCAGCUUUGUCUUCCCUAUCUAUCUCAACACAGUCUGCAAGCGCGAAUUGGAUGGUUUCCGUGACACAAAGAUUGGAUAUGUUGACGAGCGGCGAGGAACCGUCAUUGGAGAUAUCAAUGAUAUUGAGACGUUUGAGAAUAUGCAGAAGAGGAGCUCUGUCAAUGUCGAGAAGGUGUGA